AUGGCUGCGCGACACCUGGCGGGUGUGCAGGCGCUGGCAGUGAGCUACCUGUUAUCUAUCGCCAGCUUCAGUGCCGGCCUCUCUGACUUCUGUGGCCUGCCUGCUACUGGUGCUGCUGUGGCCAGUGGCUCCUGUGCCCUGCCUCCUGCCAGUGACGCCAGUCACCUGAUUGGAGGAGGAGUGGGGGGGAGAGGGGGAGGAGGGAAGGGAGGUAUGGUGGUACAGUUGUUGUAUGGACGGUUGGGGGUGGAAGAGUGGGGAGAGGAUGGGGAGGGGGGCAAGGUGAGGAAGGAGGAAUGGCAGGAAGGUAAAUCUGGUAAAGGCAAGAAUGGAAGAGACAAGGGGAAGGGGAAGGACAUGGGGAAGGGGAAGGAGAAGAUGGGGGAGAAUGGCACAGAGAAGGGAAGGCGGAAGGCGGAAGGGAAGAAGGUGGGUGGGAGGAGGGAGGUGGGGGGGCAAGGGGUUUCGUGGGCGGAAGCAGGGGAUGCAGUGGGGAUGGCAGCGGCGCAAGCAGUGUCGGCUCCGGCCACACAGAUGGUGCUGAACGUGGGGCAUGACGGCAUGCAUGGUGGCGCCUCCUCCCUCAUUGCCCGGCUAGAGCGCCUUCUCUACGCGACUGACUCCUCUCCAACAGCCCUGCUGCGGUUCCUCCCAGCUCAAGCCACCACUCCCGCCAUGGACAACGCAGCCACGUCAGCACACCCACCUGUUGCUGCCACUGCUGGAGCAGCAGCUGCGGAUUGUCGGUUGGCGCUGGCAACGCAGGGCCGGCUGCUGCCUCUGCGCGUCAGGCAGCUGGCCUCGCACGUCAUGAUCGAGUACCGAAAGAAGGAGCUGAGGCGAUGGGACGAGGGAGACGCAGUAGCCAAGGCGUUCGCUUGCCUGCCAGCGUCUCGCUUCCCUGAUCCUCCUGCCGCCAUCCAUCAAGCUGUGAAGGCAGCCGUCCAAUCACAUCUCGACACGUGGCACAUGGAGAGGACGGGAAAGGCAUGUGGGGCAGGCGACCUGGUGCAUCUGAUGCACGUGGACAUCAAGUCGCGCUGUCUGCUCCCAUCCAGCCGUGACCCCACCACUGGCACCUGCCAGGGCUCCUGUGCCUGUGUGCACGUGGAACUAGCUCGACCUGCCCUCAGAGGCCUGGCUCGUAGGGGUAGAGGGCGGGAGGGGAGGGGUGCUGGGCGGGAGGAGGAGGAGGCAGAGGCAGGAGAGGAUGAGGGCAGGUGGGGGGCACUGUUUGAUUUGGAGGCGCUGAGAGAUGUGGUGGUGCCGAGUGUGCUCAACACACUGGUGGCAGGCAGCACGGGCAUCCAAGCAGCCCGCAUACAAUGGCAGGAUGGGGAUGACAGCAACAGCAGCAGCAACAGUGGUGGACAUCUCGCCCUCGCCGCCUCCCUCUCCUCCUCUCGUGCAGUGUGGCCAUCCAUCGCUGCUGCUUGUGCGGCUGCUGACUGCAGUGACAGCAUCGACUGGACCAAGAGCCGCCCAGAGGGAUUGCAGCAAAUCGCGGAUUCCCUUGGCAUCGAAGCUGCUCGCUCCGUGCUGUUUCACCGUCUGUGUGAGCUGAUGAGGGAAGCCGGGGCAAAGGUGCCUCUGCGUCAUCUUGCGCUGGUGACGGACUGGAUGACUGUCACAGGCGCCCUCCAGGGCAUGUCCUUUGCUGCCCUCGCCUCCCACCCCGCCUCCUCGCCCUUCCUCCGGGCCUGUGUAAAGGUGAGUCAACGUGUAAAGGUGAGUCAACGUGUCAAGGGGAGUCAGUGCGUGAGGGUGGAUUGCUCUUCCUCAGAGCGCGUGUGUAAGGGGUGGGCCUGCCUCAAGGUGGGUGCGUUAAUGAGGGAAGCAGGGGCGAAGGUUCCUCUGCGUCAUCUUGCGCUGGUGGUGGACUGGAUGACCGUCACAGGCGCCCUCCAGGGCGUGUCCUUCGCCGCCCUCGCCUCCCACCCCGCCUCCUCGCCCUUCCUCCGGGCGUGCGUCAAGGACCCUGUGCGCACAUUCACGUCAGCAGCCAUCCAGCACGCGUCUGACAACCUGGCGAGCGUCGUUGCCAGCGUGGCGGCUGGCAAGCCCAUGCCAGCUGGCACCGCCGCCCCGUGCUUCGAUCUGAUUCUCCAUGAACCACUACCUCCUCCUCCUCCCGGUCCUGUUCCUGCUGCCACAGCUGCUGCUGCAGCGGCUGCUAGAGCUGGUGCCGCCGAUGCUACAGCUGCUGGUGCUGGUGGGUGGGGUGGUGGUGCUGCUGCUAGUGGGUGGGGUGGUGGGGUUGCUAGUGGCUGGGGGGUGGGUGGGGAUGCUGCUGCUGUUGCUGGUGAUGGGGGAUGGGGCAGCGGAGGAGGAGGGGAUGGGGGAUGGGGGGGAGGAGGUGGAGAUGGUGGUGGGUGGGGAGGAAGCGGAGGUGGAGGAGAGGGGGGAAGGGGGACGGGAGGGGAUGGAGGGGAUGGUGGUGCUUGGGGGAAGAGUGGAGAUGCAGAGAGGGGAGGAUGGGGCACUGGAGGAGGGGAAGGGGAUGGUUGUGCUUGGGGGGGGAGUGGAGAGAAAGAGGGGGGAGGAUGGGGCACGGGAGGAGGCGGAGAGAAAGAGGGGGGAGGAUGGGGCACGGGAGGAGGCGGAGAGAAAGAGGGGGGAGGAUGGGGCACGGGAGGAGGCGGAGAGAAAGAGGGGGGAGGAUGGGGCACGGGAGGAGGUGGAGAGAAAGAGGGGGGAGGAUGGGGCACGGGAGGAGGCGGAGAGAAAGAGGGGGGAGGAUGGGGCACGGGAGGAGGCGGAGAGAAAGAGGGGGGAGGAUGGGGCACGGGAGGAGGCGGAGAGAAAGAGGGGGGAGGAUGGGGCACGGGAGGAGGCGGAGAGAAAGAGAGGGGAGGAUGGGGCACGGGAGGAGGUGGAGAGAAAGAGGGGGGAGGAUGGGGCACGGGAGGAGGCGGAGAGAAAGAGGGGGGAGGAUGGGGCACGGGAGGAGGCGGAGAGAAAGAGGGGGGAGGAUGGGGCACGGGAGGAGGCGGAGAGAAAGAGGGGGGAGGAUGGGGCACGGGAGGAGGCGGAGAGAAAGAGGGGGGAGGAUGGGGCACGGGAGGAGGCGGAGAGAAAGAGGGGGGAGGAUGGGGCACGGGAGGAGGCGGAGAGAAAGAGGGGGGAGGAUGGGGCACGGGAGGAGGCGGAGAGAAAGAGGGGGGAGGAUGGGGCACGGGAGGAGGCGGAGAGAAAGAGAGGGGAGGAUGGGGCACGGGAGGAGGUGGAGAGAAAGAGGGGGGACGAUGGGGCACGGGAGGAGGCGGAGAGAAAGAGGGGGGAGGAUGGGGCACGGGAGGAGGGGGGGGAGAUGGUGGUGGGUGGGGAGGAAGUGGAGAUAAAGAGGGGGGAGGAUGGGGCACGGCAGGAGGGGGAGGGGAUGGGGGAUGGGGAGGUGGGUGGGGAGGAAGGGGAGGGGAGGAGGGUAAAUGGGGAGAUGGAGUGACGAAAGAGGGUAAAGAGGGAGGGGGCUGGGGGGUUGCUGAUGGGGAGAAAGGGGGAUGGGGUGGAGAGAGGGGGAAGGAGGGAGGUGCAUGGAGGGGAGAGGAGGAGGCGGAGGGGGGUGCUUGGGGAAGAAAGGAGGGAGAGGAGGAAUCAGGGAAGGGCGGAUGGGGGGAGGCGAACGGAAGUGGGGAGGGCGAGGAAGGUGGGGGAUGGGAUGCAGUGGGAGGGAGUGUGCGAGAUCAAGACAGUGAGAGAGGAGGGGAGGGAAGAGGGGAGGAAGGAUGGGAGGGAGGAGGGCGUGAGAGGUGGCAGGGUGGGCGUGGGAGGGGAAGGGGACGGGGCCGAGGGGGCAGAUGGGGGGGAGAGGGGGAUGGGGAAGGUGGUAAAGCUUGGGGACGGGGAGAGGGGGGUAGAGGCGGAGGAAGAAGAGGGGGAGGUUAUGGGGGAGGGGGAAACAGGAGAGGAGGAGCCGAUUGGGGGGGUGACAGCACGGGACAUGAGGGAAGGCAUGCUCACGGAUGGGGACAGGGAGGGAGGCAGGGAGGGGUGGAAGAAAGGGAGGAGGAAGGUGGGUGGGAGGAGGAGGAAAGGUGGGAGGGAGAGGAGGUAGCGGUGCUUGAAGCUGCUCUGGCAGAGCUGCUGUGCAUGGGGGGUGGCGGGCAGGGGAGCAGGGGCAAGGGCCGGCGGCGGUUCAGGCUGGGACGGUGGGGCACGGUGGAGCCCCUUUGGGGUGGCGGGAGAGUGCGAGGGCGAGAGGGGGGUGAGCGGGAGGGAUGGGCCUCAGGGGUUGAUGCUGCUGCUGCUGCUGACGGUUCCGGUGCUGGUGGUGCUGCUGCUGCUGGUGGGAAGGAAGAGAGAGGCGGAUGGGGUAGUAAUGAGAAUGGCGGUGGAGGGUGGGGGAGAGAGGAGAAGGGGAAAUUAGAGGAUACAGCAAAGGAGGUGGUGGCAGGGGCAGGGUGGGGAGGUGCAGGGGAAGGUGAGGGAGCGUGGGGCAAUGGGGGGGUUGCUUGGGGGAAAGAGGCCGCAGGAGGGGGUGGUAAGGGGGGAGAGGGCGCAGGGGCAGGGUGGGGAAAUGCGGAGGGGGGAGUUGGAGGGUGGGGCAGCGAUCAAGGGCAAAAGGGAGGUUGGGGGGCGGGAGGAGAAGAGGAGAGUGCAGGUGGAUGGGGGAAAGCAGGAGGAGGAGAAACGGGUAAAGGCGGAGGAGGAUGGGGGAGCGCAGGGGAAAAGACGAAUGAGGGUGGGGGGGCAUGGGGGAGUGCAGGGGGCGGAAAGAGUGUGGGUGGGGGAGCAUGGGGCAAAGCGCACCCGACCGCCAUGCUCCCGGGUCUGCACCCCUCCUCUCUUCCCGUCUUCCUUGACCGAUGCGGACAGAAAGCAGAGCAGAGGGCAGAGGGGGCAGAAGGGGCAGAGAGGGCAGAAGGGAGGGCAGAGAGGGCAGAAGAGAGGGGAGAAGUAGGGGCAGUAGAGAAGGGAGAAGAAAGGGCGGAAGAGAAGGCAGAAGAAGGGGCAGAAGAGAGGGGAGAAGUAGGGGCAGUAGAGAAGGGAGAAGAAAGGGCGGAAGAGAAGGCAGAAGAAGGGGCGGAAGAGAGGGCAGAAGGGGCAGAAGAGAGGGCAGAAGGGGCAGAAGAGAGGGCAGAAGGGGCAGAAGAGAGGGCAGAAGGGGCAGAAGAGAGGGCAGAAGGGGCAGAAGAGAGGGCAGAAGGGGGCGAUAGGAGGGCAGAGGCGGGAGAAGUGAUGGCAGAGGGGGGACAAGAGGUGACAGCGGAAGUGGCUUGCAUUGAAGAGGAGAGGCAGCCAGCUCAGCAUCAAGAGUCUCAACAGCAGCGGCAGCAGCAAGGCAGGAGAAGCAGAGUCCGGGUGUACAUGGGGGAUGAGGACGAUGGGAGGUACGAUGCAAUGGACAUGCUGCAGGCAGUGAGGCGGCGGGCGUGGGAGCUGCUGCACGUGAGGUACCACCCGGAGCAGGUGCUAUCUGAGGACGACCGUGACUUCGUUGUGAGCAAGUUGCUACGGCACCACCCCAGGGCGCUCGAGAAGAUGGCUGCUGGCGUGGCGGCAAUCAAGGUGGGUGAGCGUGCGGAGUCUGGGUGCAUUCAGCCACAGGUGGACCAUCACCCAGACCACCCCAACACCACCUGUUUCUUCAUCGUCCACCCUGCUGCCGACACCAUCACCCACCCUGCUGCCAACUCCAUCGUCCAUCCUCCUCCCGCUCCUGACUCAUCCAGCGAGCCCGCAGACAACUCUUCUCAGCACUCUCCCAGAUGCGCAGCAGCAGCGCAGGGCGAGAGAGAAAACUGCACCCACACCCCGUGA